ACAGGACGAGUAUGUGCUAUCUACAAAGUUAUUAAUAACACAACCGGGGCGUCCUAAAACUUCUUCCCCUCAUUAUAGUCCUCUGUCUCACCCUCCGUGACACUCAGCACUCAGUAAAGGUUAGGAGCUGCACCUUGAGCUUCCUUUUUCAUCUUAUUGCCUGCUCAGGUUCACCUGAACGUGCCCGACCAUGUCGGACAACGAGGAAGUGGUGGAGGAGUACGAGCAGGUGGAAGAAGAAGAAGAAGAACAAGAAGAAGAAGAAGAAGAGGAGGCCGUUGAAGGGGAGCAAGAAAUAGAAGCGGAGGAGGCGGAGGAAGAUGCGGUGCAAGAGGGAGAUAAACCUGCAGAGGAGGGCGAUGAAGAACAAGGUGAAGGGGAGGCAGAGGAAGAAGGAGAAGAGGAGGCCAAACCAAAAUUCAAACCAUUUAUUAUGCCCAACCUUAUCCCUCCCAAGAUCCCAGAUGGGGAGAGGGUGGAUUUUGACGACAUACACCGUAAAAGGAUGGAGAAAGACCUGAUGGAGCUCCAGACUUUGAUUGAGGUUCACUUUGAAAGCAGGAAGAAGGAAGAAGAGGAGCUCAUUAGUCUCAAAGAACGGAUUGAGAAACGGCGCUCUGAGCGCGCGGAGCAGCAUAGGAUACGCAGUGAGCGAGACAAAGAACGUCAGAAGCGACUUGAGGAAGAGAGGGCUCGUAAGGAGGAGGAAGAGGCAAAGAAGCGAGCAGAGGACGACGCAAAGAAGAAAAAAACCUUGACCAGCCUCCACUUUGGAGGCUACAUGCAGAAGCUGAACGAGAAGCGAAGCGGUAAAAGGCAGACAGAGAGGGAGAAGAAAAAGAAGAUUUUGAGUGAAAGACGUAAAUCUUUGGAUCUCGACAACUUGAGUCAGGAAAAGCUCAAGGAGAAGGCCAAGGAGUUAUGGGAGUGGAUGUAUGAGCUGGAGGCAGAGAAGUUUGACCUGCAGUACCAAUUCACCAGGCAGAAAUAUGAGAUAAACGUGCUGAGAAACCGUGUGAGCGACCAUCAGAAAACAUCCAAGAGAACAAAGAGAGGCCUUAGAAAAUAGAUGACCUGCUAUCCAGACUAAGCACCUAAACCAAGACCUGCCGUUCUCGCCACACCCAAGUUACACCUUCCUCCUCGACGGGACACUUUCUAGUGUAUUGCAUAAUACCAUAUAUUCGUUUAUUUUUCACCAAUUACAUUCUUGGAACAGUGAAUAAUGUGUAGGUGUAAAUAAAACCUUAUUUUAAAAACCAGCUUUGAGCAUUUGUUUUUCUUCCCCAGGACAAGUGACUGCAGGUGCAUGUUUUCAUUUAAUGGCACAAAAAUAAGUGCCCCAAGACGAAAGUGACUAAUAUCGUAGGAGCCAAGAGCAAAGUCGGGAACGGACAAUCUCCCUGCUCUGAGACAGGCUCGGACACGAGCGACACUGAUGCACCUUGGAAUGACGCCCAGACAUCCACCCUGCACGCUGCUCUCUCCCCUCCACCGUACACAGUUGAAAGAGAAUGAAUCAUCCUCAUAUGCAUUUCCUUAAUCUGGGUGGGAAAGUGCUUCUGGAAGAAGCAAGCUCCUCCUCCAACAACAUUUCAAACUAUCAAAUGUGUCAAAAUGAUUUUUUUGUACAUCAGCUGCACUGUAUUAAUUACAGCAGGUUUUUGCCCUUAAGAAUCUGAAACUAAAAACGAAAUAGAAUAAAAUCGUUACGCGCACAGAAAACAUAAAUUGCACUAGAUUAUUUGUACGUGUACGUUUAAAAAUGAGUAAAUCGUGCAGACGAAAACUAUUUUUGAAAACAACAAAACAAAGUCUCCCGUUUGUCUGUCACAGUUGCUCUCUUAGUCAAGAGAAAGACACGCACAAACCACAGGAACUCUACUGGAAUGAGAGCCUGGUGCUUAAUUAGUUGAAGAUAUCAACCAAUAAAUCUGAAAACAGACACCAAACUCUAAACACGCACCACAAAUACGGUUGUGCAGUCAUUUCAUUUGUAAAUACUGCAGAAGUUAUGUCCCGAAGAAACAGACAACCUUGACGUUCUUCGCUUGCAUAGCUGUUUAUUUUUGCAUGUAAAGUAACAACAAAGCUCCUCAUAAAAUGUAACAUACACAAUUCUCAAAAAAAAAAAAAAAAAAAAAAAAACAUUCCAAACAAUACUGAAGGUGAUUGAGCCAAAAGGCAGAGGAACCUUAAGACAGCCAAGUAUAAAAAUGUCCAAUGUCUUUCACUUUAAGGUUGAUAGAGAAUCCUAACAGCUGCCAACCACCUUAACGAAUAGCUGAGAUGUCCUUUGCUGUUUGUUACACAAUCUGCACCAACAGGAAACAUGUUUGUUUUCUUUUUUUUAUUUUAUUUGAAGAAAUAGACAGUAGCUCUGUGAUAAAACAGAUACCAUGCAAAGACCCCAUAACGCUGUUAGGUUACAAGAGAGAGAGAGAAAACAUGAUACGAGUUGGACAAAAAAAAAAAAAA